UUUUUACAGAUAAAGAGAAAUGGUCUGUUAUUGACUGAUUGAAAUAUUUGGGCUGCAAAUUCAUUAUCUUACCUGGCAGUUCAAUAUCAACAAAAAUGUCUGCACCUGCUGAAGACAAAAUAAUGGAUGGAUAUGUUCCAUCAAAAAUAAGUUUAUUUUUAAUAGUACUUGUGAAACUUUGUACAUUCACUUUAAUUGCUCUCCAAUACUUCUUCUCAGAGCCAAUGGUUGUCGAAAAAUGUGAUGACGACCAACACUUGGAAAAAAUCUCCAGUACCGUGAACUAUAAAUUAAAAUAUCAUUCUGAAAUCUCAUAACUUGUUGUGCGCAAUGAUGGCUCUACAAGUUGAUAGAAAGUCUUGGCGUAUUCGUUUGGUGCUGGUUUCUAUGGUAACUAUUGCUUUCAUGCAAAUGAUAGUAGCUCAGAGAAGGACUAAGAGGACAGCUAUAAUUCCCGGUGAUAUAAUGAUAGGUGCUUUAUUCUCUGUGCAUCACGCACCCGGUCAGAAACAAGCCCAGACAAGAACUUGCGGCGAAAUUCGAGAACAGUAUGGUCUACAAAGGGUCGAAGCAUCAUUUCAGACCAUUGACGAAAUCAAUCGAAACCAGACCUUGUUACCAAACAUCACGCUGGGCAUUGAAAUCCGUGAUUCAUGCUGGUACUCUCCUAUAGCUCUUGACCAAAGCAUUGAAUUCAUUAGAGAUGCAAUUAAGCUCAAUGAUGAUGCCAUUUCUGAUAAUGCCACUGCAGCCCCAGCUGAGAAUACGCCAGAAUGUCCUACGAAGCCAGCCAAGUCCCUCAAGAAUCUUGUCGGCGUCAUUGGUCCUGGAUCCAGUACCGUUACCAUCCAAGUUCAGAAUCUAUUACAGCUUUUUAGUAUUCCUCAGAUUGGAUAUUCUGCCACAAGUCGCGAUCUCAGUGAUAAGAGCUUUUAUAAAUAUUUUCUGCGGGUCGUUCCAUCGGACUUUUAUCAAGCUCAGGUUAUGGUUGAUUUGGUUCGUGCAUACAACUGGACAUAUGUAUCAACUGUUCAUACAGAUGGGAAUUAUGGGAACAGUGGGAUGGAUGCAUUCGUGAAGCUAGCUCACGAGGCAGGCAUCUGCAUUGCCGCCAGUGAUUCAGUCUUAAGCCAUGCCGAAGACUUUAUCUACGACCAGAUCAUCCGUAACCUCCAGAAGUAUCCGGGUGCAAAGGUGGUUGUCUGUUUCUGCGAGGGUAUGACCGUUCGAGGAAUCCUCAAAGCUACCAGAAGGCUCAAUGCAACAGGAGAGUUUCUGUUGAUUGGAAGUGAUGGUUGGUCCGACCGGAACGAUGUUACGGAACAAUAUGAACAAGAGGCUGCGGGCGGAAUAUCCAUCCGUAUUCAUUCCACGUACGAUCACAGCUUUGAUCCCUACUAUUUUUCCCUCAAACCUCACAACAAUCAGAGGAAUCCCUGGUUUCGGGAGUUUUGGGAAUACAGAUUCAACUGCUCUUUGGAAAAAGGAUCUGGAAAAUACAAUAAAACUUGCAAUACUGGAAAUGAAAAUCUUUCGGAACGCUACAAGCAAGAUACUAAGAUGUCCUUUGUUAAAAAAGCUAUCUACACAAUGGCUUAUGGACUGCACGAUAUGCAAAAAGCAAAAUGCAAUACUUCAGGACUGUGUGCUAGCAUGCUUCCAUUGAAUGGAUCUCUUUAUCUUCAGUACUUGAUGAACGUAAGCUUUGUAUGGGGAAAUGAAACAGUUAAAUUUGAUGAAAAUGGAGAUCCGCCUGGAAGGUAUGAUAUUAUGAACUUCCAAUUCAUACCAGAAAACAAUUCUUACGACUAUAGACACGUUGGAUCUUGGGAUAGUGGUAAACUGGAUAUCUUCAAGCCUUUUCGUUGGAAUCCUAAACACACAACUAUAACCAAUGGUUUGCCAGAGUCUGUUUGUAGUAAACCUUGUGAAAGGGGAAAAGUUAAGAGUAUUCAAUCUGAGAGUGUGAAAUGCUGUUGGGUCUGCGUAGCUUGCAAGGAAAAUCAGUUCCUAUUAGAUGAAUUCACUUGCAAAGACUGCGGAUUGGGAUGGUGGCCGAAUGAUAACUUGACUGAUUGCAAUAGAAUACCAGUUGAUUAUAUCCAAUGGAGUGACACCACCGCAAUUGUUGCCGUAACGAUUGCAGUUUUGGGAACUAUAGCAACAUUCUUCACUAUGGUCGUUUUUAUUCUCCACAACAACACUCCAGUGGUGAAAUCUUCCACCCGGGAACUUUCUUACGUGAUCCUUGUGGGAAUGUAUCUUUGUCACGGCUGUACUUUUCCACUCCUGGCUAAGCCAACACACACUUCAUGUCUUAUAACCAGAAUUCUUCCCGGUCUGAGUUUUGCCAUGAUGUAUGCAUCACUUGUCACCAAGACUAACCGCAUAGCUAGGAUUCUUGCUGGUAGCAAGAAAAAAAUCAUUACCAAAAAGCCAAGAUUUAUGAGUGCCACUGCUCAAGUCGUUAUGUCAUGGCUACUUAUAUCCAUUGAAGCAUCCAUAAUAGUUGCCAUGCUCGUUCUGGAACCUGCUGACUCAAUGUUCGAAUACCCGGCUUUGGACAAAGUGAAUCUCAUUUGCAAUACCACUCCUCUGGGUAUCAUAGCACCUUUAGGAUUUGACUUUUUUUUAAUUGCUAUGUGUACUGUAUACGCUGUGAAAACGAGAAACCUCCCAGAGAAUUUUAAUGAGGCAAAGUUCAUAGGUUUUACUAUGUACACGACUCUGGUCAUAUGGGUGGCUUUUGUACCUAUUUACUUUGGGAGCAGCUCCAAAGUCAUCACAAUGUGUUUAUGUAUAAGUUUUAGUGCAAUCGUAGCUCUGCUGUUGCUGUUUUUUCCUAAGCUGUAUAUAAUGCUCUUUCGUCCUGAAAAGAAUAAUCGGAGUGCUUUCACGACUACCAAAGAUGUUCGGUGCCAUAUAGGUCGAGGUUAUCCCAUCACAGCUGCUACAGUAUCAAGAAAUUCAUCUCAUUCAACAUCAGAAUUCAGUCUUGAAUCACCUCGAAACCUUUCUCUGGAUCUAGUGCAAAGAAAUCAACAGAAGGUAGAACAAAACCCCAACCGCAGGCCGAGCAUGAAUUUUUUCUUACGAUUGCGUAUCAGUAAACAAGAUAAAAUUGCUGCCAACGUUGCCCAACACAUACGAGCAGUACGAGCGGCCGAAGCUCUAGACAGACGGACUCGUCUACGAAGAACAGAUUCUUUCAAUUUUCCAGGCUUAGGAUCUGCUAUUUUGCCAGUUCAGCGAAGUACUUCCAAUGGAGAAGAUUCACCUGGUGUAUCACACGACAAGAAAAGACUUGUCGGCAUGAUAAAGCAGGCAUAUGCUGAGGAAGUUCCAGAGGAAGCUGAUUCCCAUGUGGAGGACGUUGCCUGUCAAACUUCGUAUGAUUUGCUUGAAGCUUUGCUACCAUCUUUAAGAAAAAGAAUGUCACGUUCUGAGAUGGCUGACGAUGAGGAUGUGAAAUACGGAAACUCUCACAUAACAACUCCAUCAAAAUCAGGUAUUUGCCAGCACAAACACCCACUGUUUGGCGACAGUUGUAGGCAUUACUCCUCCUGCGAUGCUUCUCAUUUGACAAUGGGCUAUGACAAUGUCAAUUUCAUAUCGAAGGCUAAUGGGAGGUCCAGAUCCAGGAGUCGUCACGUGGAUGAUCGUGUUGAAGUUGAGUACAAAAUGCAAGAGGAGGCUGAUUUAAUGGAUUACGAUGUCGAGGAAGUGAUAUCUCUGAAAGAAAUGAAACGGGCAAAAGCAUUGCAGCUGUUAGGAAAGAAAUCUCAAUACAACAAGCUCCAAGCUGUAUCUGGUGAGGGUUCUUCAUUGGGUUUACCACAGGAAGCUGUUUCUGAAGCAAGUUUUUCUCCAACAGUGAGUCAAGACAGUUUAAUAGAUGCCACGUCUUCCAUAGUUGAAGAAAGUGCAAGCACCGGAAGUGAUGAUACGCCUGGUAGUGCGGUAUAUAAAAACAUAAUUAUUAAUUUAGGAGGCAAUCAAGAUAGAAGUGGUCGCGGUUUUCUAAGUGCACCCCAUAGCUCAACAACUUCAGCAGCUAAUCUAAAUUUUCUUCCCAUUAUUAGUGAUAGAACUUCCCAGUCUCAAGAAGAUAUAAAUGAUAAGGAAAGACGUCAUUCACCAGAUGUUACUAAAUGGCAUUCCCCAAAUGGGAAUGCAAGGGGAAUGUCCAUCAAAAGCUCUGAUUUACGUGAAGGCAGAUGAAAGUAACCUUUUUUUUGUUGGGUUUACAAAUUUACAAAAUUCUUGCUGUUUUUAAACAAAACACAAAAUCUCAUACAUACCAAUACGUCUUUCCUAAUGCUCAUAAUUCCAUACAUUAAGUCUUAACUUAGUAAGUUUGUUUAUUCUUUCUCUUUAUUUGCUUCAUUUUUUAUCAAAGGAAAAUGUUUUCUAUCGUUUAUUUAUCUCAGAUUACUUUUUUAAUAUUUAGGUUUUCAAUAUUUGAGACUGCAAUAAAGAGUUUUUUACAAUAUACUCCUCUCAAGUGCUAAUUGAAUUAAUAUAUGGGACUCAAAACUGAAAAAAAAUAUUACAGAAUUAUACUAUCUGUGAUUCUAUGGCUGCCAAAAGUUAUGAGAAGAAGCCAAUUUUUUGAAGGAGAACUAUUCUUAGAUUUCUGAACUAUUUAUUUCUGUUAUUUUUAAUUCUUUUCUAAUUCAGUAAAAAAAAAAGACUCAUUUUUAUUGAGCUAGAAUAUAAGCAUGCUUCUUUUAUUACAUUAAUUUUUUAGUUUUUAAAGGUAAAAAAAAAUACACAAUGACUGAUGUUGCAAUUUUAAAUAAUUUCAUUAACAUAUUCUUAUAUAGCAAUGCUUGAUUGUCCAUCAAGUAGAUUUUUUUUGUUGAGAAAACUAAUAAGUUUAUGAGAAUAUUUUAAGUUUAAGAUAUUAGUAUCAUGAGAAAACUCAUAAGCUUAUUUUAAGAUUUAUUUUCAGAUUCAAUUGAAUAAAUGCGUUUAUGCUUCAAGAUUUAAAUUAGUGUCGUAGUAUAGAUCCGAAUCUCACUUCUAACAAAUUUUUUUUUGGUCAUGGUUAAAGUUUCCUUUCAGUAUUCAAAGAUUUAUCGUUUUAUAAAUGUAAAUUUUGCAAAUUUAUCAUUGAACAAUAAUUAUUCAUUUUACCAAGGAAUUAUGAAAUAUUUUUAAAUUAUUAUAUCAGUUUAUCAUGCUUUGCAGUCAUUCAUAUACGAGCAUAGUGAAAGCUAUUAUUGAUUUUAUUUGGAGCGAAUUCUCAUACUUAACGCUUAUUCUUCUCCUUCAACUUUUGAAGUUGUAAGUUUUUUAUUCAUUUGUUUUUUUUUCAUUACGAAUUUAAGAUCACUGCCACCUGCCAAAGAAACAGAUCAAGCAGCAUUUUAUUUUGUUUUCCUACCUUUUUUAGCACUAGUCUAAAAGGGCUAAAAAGAAAUAGCAAUAUAAAUUUUCUACAUCAUCAUUUUAAAUUGAAAAGUAAUUAUUAUACUAAUUUUGUACUUUUUUUAUUCCUUGAAAAUCGUUAUUUUGGUCUUAUGAGAUUAAAAAAGGAGCACUGAUCCAGUAUUUCAAUUCCCCCCCCCCAUUUGUUACAGUGAUAUAUUUGGCCAGUUAGGAAAUUGUUUUAGAAUUCAUAUUUUAAAACUGAUAUUUCGGAUUAAGGAGCAUAAAAUGCUGUUCGACUUCUCUGUUUUCUUUGAUAUGAAUUAGAAUUAUUAAUUUAAAUUGAUAUUUUGCUCUUUUGGAGCAAUAAGAAUUGUCGAGCAGCAUUUCAGUUUCAUUUUUUUAAGUAAUGAAAAGUAAAAAUAUUAAUAAAUUUAAUUUUCCUUUUUUACACUAAUAUUUUGGAUUAAAAAGUAACAAUACUAACUAUUUUGAACUUUUCGAACACAAUUGUUUUGAGUAAUGAUUUAGAUUAGAAAAACAGCAUUUCAUUUUGUUUUCCUCAUUUUUUAACACUAACAUUCGAUGGCAUUGCUUUUAUGUAAUUUUUCACUAUAAAGGUCUUAUUGUUCAUUAUUUAUGUGCCAUAAAUAAAGCAUAUUUUGGAAAAUAUGGAUUUUUAAUAAGCUUUUGAUGGAAAUUGAUAUUUGGCGUGAAAUGUUUUUUGUCGAAAUGUUACUUUGUAGAAAACAAUGUGCAUUAAUGGGGCCAGUAAACAAUAGCUGAUUUUUGCUUGAAUGUGUAAGUGUUAAUCAGUCAAUGUUGUAAAACUGAAUGUUUUCCUUGCAUUUUAUGUCAUGUCGAAUCUACAUAUCAUGUGACUAUUUGUUUUUAUUUGGUGUACAUAAUACAUAUUUUGUACUGGGAGAUUUGAAAACAUUAAACAAAUGCUAGUCUUUGU